AUGGGGAACCGCAGCGCCGCGGACGCGGACGGGCUGCUGGCUGGGCGCGGGCCCGGCACGGGCGGCGGCGCGGGGGGCCCCGGGGCGGCGGCGGCGCUGGCGGGGGGCGUGCUGCUCAUCGGCGCGGUGCUCGCAGGGAACUCGCUCGUGUGCGUGAGCGUGGCGGCCGAGCGCGCCCUGCAGACGCCCACCAACUACUUCAUCGUGAGCCUGGCGGCCGCCGACCUCCUACUCGCCCUGCUCGUGCUGCCUCUCUUCGUCUACUCCGAGGUCCAGGGCGGCGUGUGGCUGCUGAGCCCCGGCCUCUGCGACGCGCUCAUGGCCAUGGAUGUCAUGCUGUGCACUGCCUCCAUCUUCAACUUGUGCGCCAUCAGCGUGGACAGGUUCGUGGCGGUAGCCGUGCCGCUGCACUACAACCGCCAGAGCCGCGGCGGCCGGCAGCUGCUGCUCAUCGGCGCCACGUGGCUGCUGUCGGCAGCGGUGGCGGCACCCGUGUUGUGCGGCCUCAACGACGCGCGCAGCCGCGAUCCCUCCGUGUGCCGCCUGGAGGACCGCGACUACGUGGUCUACUCGUCCGUGUGUUCCUUCUUCCUGCCCUGCCCGUUCAUGCUGCUGCUCUACUGGGCCACGUUCCGGGGCCUCCGGCGCUGGGGGGCAGCCCGCCGCGCCCACUUGCACGGCCGUGCGCCCCGCCGCCCCAGCGGCCCCGGCCCGCCGCCCCCCGACGGCAUCCCGCCCCCCGACGCCGCCCCGCCCCCCGACGGCAUCCCGGCCCCCGACGCUGCCCCGCCCCCCGACGCCACCCCAGCCUCGGAUGCCGUCGUGCCCUCGGACGCCAUGCCGGCCGAACCCCCGCUGCGGGCCCGCAGGAGGAGACGCGCCAAGAUCACGGGCCGGGAGCGCAAAGCUAUGAGAGUCCUGCCUGUGGUGGUCGGGGCCUUUCUGCUGUGCUGGACGCCCUUCUUUGUCGUGCACAUCUCCCGGGCGCUGUGUCCCACGUGCGCCGUGCCCCCGCGGCUGGUGAGCGCGGUCACCUGGCUGGGCUACGUCAACAGCGCCCUCAACCCCGUCAUCUACACCAUCUUCAACGCCGAGUUCCGGACCGUCUUCCGCAAGGCUCUGCGCCUCCGCUGCUGA